UCCUGAACCGGAAGGUGAGUAACUGAGCCGCCAGGUGCAAAUUCAAACUUCCCAGCUACUCACUCCGUACUCUCUCACGCUCUCUUCUCCCAAAACCCUAAAUUCCCAAAUCCGAACCCAAUUCACUCCACAAAACCCUCACAAUCGAAGCCACCAUGGCUUCCCGGAACCAGAACAGGCCACCUCGCAGCCCCUUCAACAAAAAGGCGAGCACCGAAGAACUCGCUGUGGAAAAGCGUCAGAGGUUCGGAGCUGACAAGAUGGAGCGACAGGGAGUGGCUGGGAGGGGAAGAGCGCCGUUUUCUGUGGUGAAUACUGCGAGUGCGGUGAGUGAAGGUGAUGGAGUGGAAUGUAGUACCGUCGAGUUCACGAAAGAGGAUGUUGAUGCGUUGCUGAAUGAGAAGAUGAAAAAGGGCAAUCCCUAUGAUAAUAAGAAAAAAAUGGAGCAGAUGGGGGAUCUUAUUAAGAGGCUUAAACUUUGCGUUCGAUGGUUUAAAAGAGUUGAAGAAGGCUAUGUUCAAGAGAAAGAAAAGCUUCAGUCUGAACUUGAGUCUGCUGUUAAGAAGGGCAUUGAUACUGAGACUGAGAUGAAAAUUAAGAUUGAGGAGUUCAAUGAGACUAUAUCUGAUUUGAGGAAGACAAUAUCUUCUUUAGAAGGUAGACUUUUGAAGGAAGAAUCAGAGAAGUUGGAAGCAAUUAAUUGUUAUAGAAAAGAAAAGGAAGCCAGAACUGCAGCUGAGAAGGUUGGAAAUGAGAAAUCAGCUGAGCUUGAGAAAGUACGGGAUGAGAAAUCAGUUGCUGAGAAGAAGGCCACUUCAAAUGAGGAUUUGUACAAGCGUUCACAAGAGUAUAAUAUGAGCCUGCAGCAGUACAAUAGUCGUCUUCAAUCAGAUCUUGAAAUAGCUAAUGAGUCACAUAAACGACUUGAAACAGAGAAAGCAACCAUUGUUGAGAGCCUAAGCAAUGUGAGAGGUCACAAUAAGGCAUUGCAGGAUCAGUUGGCAUCUCUUAAGGUUUCACAGGAAGAGGCUUCCAAACAGAAAGAAGUGCAAGCAUAUGAACUCAGAUGCCUCCGCGAAGAAUUAAAACAAAUGAGAGAUGAUCGUGAUUGGCAUCAGGCACAUGCAAAUGCUUUAAUUGGAGAAUUUACAAAAUACAAAGAAUGUACAGGGAAAUCAUUUGCUCAAUUGGAUACCUUGACAAUUAAAACAAAUGCUCUUGAGGAGACUUGUUCUUCCCAAAAGGAGCAAAUAAAUAUACUGCAGCAGCAAUUGAUUGCUGAAAAGGAGAAGUUAAAGGUGGCUGAUUUAUCUGCAUCAGAAACAAGAACUGUGUUUGAAGAGCAGAAGAGAAUUAUACAUGAACUAAAAGAUCGAUUGGCAGAUAAAGAAUUUCAAGUAGUUGAAGGAGAGAAGCUAAGGAAAAAGCUGCACAAUACUAUCCUGGAGCUAAAAGGAAAUAUCCGUGUGUUCUGCCGUGUGCGACCUUCCCUACCAGAGGAUAGUACGGGAACCGACAUGGUUAUUUCUUACCCAAUGUCAACAGAAAUGGAUGGCAGGGGUAUUGAAUUGGUACAGAAUGGGCAAAAGUACCCUUUUACAUUUGACAAGGUGUUUAAUCAUGAGGCUUCUCAGCCUGAUGUAUUCACAGAGAUAUCACAGUUGGUGCAAAGUGCACUUGAUGGCUACAAGGUAUGCAUUUUUGCUUAUGGACAGACAGGCUCAGGAAAAACCUAUACAAUGAUGGGUAGGCCUGAGGCUCCAGAUCUGAAAGGCUUGAUACCACGUUCUCUAGAACAGGUAUUCCAGACUAGUCAGUCACUGAAAGACCAGGGGUGGAAGUACAAAAUGCAGGCAUCAAUACUGGAAAUAUAUAAUGAGACCAUCAGGGAUUUGUUGUCAUCAAAUCGGUCAAGUGGGAUUGACCAGACGCGAAUAGAAAAUAGUGUUCCCAGCAAGCAGCAGUACACUAUUAAACAUGAUGCACAAGGAAACACACAUGUUUCGGACCUGACAAUUGUGGAUGUUUGUAGCGUGAAUGAGAUUUCCUCACUCCUGCAACAGGCAGCACAAAGCAGGUCAGUGGGAAGAACACAGAUGAAUGAGCAGUCAUCAAGAAGCCAUUUUGUCUUUAGUUUACGUAUCAGUGGUAUAAAUGAGAACACUGAACAACAAGUCCAAGGUGUCUUAAACCUGAUUGAUUUGGCUGGAAGUGAAAGACUGUCAAGAAGUGGGGCAACAGGGGACCGAUUGAGGGAAACUCAGGCUAUCAACAAAAGUCUCUCCUCUUUGAGUGAUGUCAUAUUUGCUUUGGCAAAGAAAGAGGAGCAUGUUCCUUUUAGGAAUUCGAAACUGACAUACCUUCUCCAGCCAUGUCUUGGUGGCGAUUCCAAAACAUUGAUGUUUGUCAACAUCUCACCUGAUCAAUCUUCAGUUGGUGAGUCACUCUGUUCUCUCCGCUUCGCGUCCAGAGUAAAUGCCUGUGAAAUCGGGAUUCCGCGACGUCAGACUCAGACAUCCACUCGGUCCUUGGAUUCUCGGUUGAGCUCUGGCUAAAGGAAGGACAGAGGUGUUUGCCUGGCCAACACGCAUCACCAAAAAUGGUUGUCAUUUUGUCCUGCUUUAGCGGGGUAGAGAAGAAAAGUAGCGGGGUAGAGAAGAAAAGUAUUCUUUAUGCUGCUGUAAUAAUUGUAAGAAUGUAAAAUUAGAGAAUCUGAAGUUUUUGUAAAUUGGUUGCAGAGGCUUGGCUUUAAGCCUCAAUUUAUGUAGCAGCGUGUUGAUUCUGAUUAAAACUUCAGUGUUUGGUGAAUUCUUGCUCAGAGAGUUGUUCCUAGAAUGUUAACAAAUACUUCAUUUUAGGGACUAUUCCUAUAAGAGGCAACAGCUCAAAAGCUGAAGAAAAUGACAAACAAUGACACAAGAGAGCAUGACUCUGGGCAUUGGGGACUAUUCUUGCUCAGAGAGUUGUUCCUGAAAUAAGGACUUGACGCCCAUAUUUACCUUGAGCGGCGAAGUUUGGGAGUUUCCAAUAUAACACUGUAGAAUGAUUCAUAAAGAAUUUGCCUAAAAAUUGACAGUUUCACGGUUCAUUAAGUUUGGUUGUUUCUUA